CUGCUUUGUUAAAUCUGUCACUGUAAGGCAAUGAGCAUAAAACUCAUUGACUGUAUGGAUCACCAAUGGUAUGUGCCAAAAGUAGGGAAAUCUGUCAAACAACUAGCCAAGUCCUCAGUAAACAAAACAACCAUAAACGUUUUGUUUCUGUAAAGCUGUUAGUAUACCGCAUUCUAUCAUUUUAAACAAAACCAGAAAGAGAAAUGUCUGGACUGGAAUCCUAUGUGAAUAACACCGUGUCGAUUAUUACAGCGGACGGUCGAAAUUUCGUUGGAACUUUGAAAGGAUUCGAUCAAACUAUCAAUAUUAUCCUAGACGAAUCGCAUGAGCGCGUUUAUUCCAUGAAUGCUGGAAUCGAGCAAGUCGUCCUGGGACUUCAUAUUAUACGUGGAGACAACGUAGCAGUUAUUGGGCAGUUGGAUGAAAGUAUAGACAGUAAACUUGAUUUUGCUUCCAUUCGUGGCAUGCCUCUAGAACCAGUAGUUCAUUGAAACAUAACUUUAAUAAUAUAUAAUGUAAAUUAUUCCUCAAUGUGUAGUUUUUAUUCAAUGUUACCAUUGAAGGCUACAUUUAGAUGGUAUGUUCAUAACUGUCGAUGAAUUCAUGUUUAUUCCACUAGAAAAAUUAUUGAAAGCAAACCGAUGCUCUGAACUAGCGAUUUGAUAUUAGAUUAUGCUCUACUGUUUAGAAUGAUUCAUUAGAUUGAAUAUUAGGUUUCAAAACUAUUUCAAA